AUGGCCGAAGCUCUUCUCUCUGCUGUUUUCAAUGUGCUUUUGGAGAGGUUGACGCCUGAGCUGACAGAUUGGAUCAACAAAAUCGGAGGAAAGAAGCUGGAUCACAAGUUACUUAAUCAUUUGAAGCCAGCCUUGAUUGCUGCAAGAGCUGUGCUCCUUGAUGCUGAACUCAAACAAUUCAGUAAGGGUCAGCCUGUGAAAGAUUGGCUGAAUGAACUCAAAGAUUCUGUUUAUGACCUGGAAGACUUGAUGGAUGAAGUUUCCACCCGAGCUGCCACUCAGAAACAGGUGCGCUAUUUCUCCUUUGCUUCUCUUAGUUUGCGUGAUACAAGCAUGGCAAAUAAGUUAGAAGAUGUGAUUAAUAGAGUUGAAAAACUUGUGGCACAAAUAAACGCCCUUGAUUUGAAGAAGAGCACUGGAACGGAUCCGGAAACUUUGUCAUGGAGGCCUCGAGAUAUGGCUUACGUGGAAGUCUCUGAAGUGUGCGGAAGGGAGAAAGAAAAAGAAGAUAUAAUUAAGCUGAUGUUUAAUGGUGAGGGUGGUCCGUUGUCUGUAAUACCCAUUGUGGGCAUGGGCGGGCUUGGGAAGACUACUGUAGUUAAUUUAGUUUAUAAUGAUGAAAAUGUGAAGCAAGAGUUUGAUCUUAGUGUAUGGGUUUGUGUUUCUGAAGCAUUUGAUCUUUUAAAAAUAGCACAAAAUAUGAUAAAAUAUAUCAGUCCUGAUUCUGAUUGUAAUAAUAUGGAUUUGAAUCUUCUUCGAUGUCGUCUAGCAGAGAAGAUAAAAGGGAAAAAGUUUUUAGUUGUUCUAGAUGAUUACUGGAAUGAAAAAUUCACUGAUUGGAAUACUUUGAAAAAUUUGCUUCAAAACGGAGUGGAGGGAUGUAAAAUUCUGGUCACAACACGCAUAGAGCAUGUUGCUUCCAUGAUUAAAACUAUCUCAUCAUUUUAUCCCCUAAAAGGCUUAUCUGAAGAAGAUUGUUGGUCAAUUUUUGCUGCACAUGCUUUCCAUUCUAGAGAUUCAAAGGUGAAUUCAUGCCUAGAAAAAAUUAGAAGAGAUGUUGUUAGCAAGUGCAAUGGAUUACCUUUAGCUGCAAAAGUAAUUGGGGGACUUUUUCGAUCACGGCCUGACUUUCAAGAUUGGAAUAGUAUAUUAAAAAAUGGCUUAUGGGAUUCAUCAGACAAUGAGAUCAUCCCAUCUUUAAGAGUCAGUUAUUAUUAUCUCCCUCCACAUCUAAAACAAUGCUUUGCUUAUUGUUCUUUAUUUCCAAAGAAUUAUACAUUUGUUAAGGAUGAAUUAAUCAUGAUGUGGAUGGCAGAAGGUUUUUUGAGGCCGUCAACAAGGGACUUGACUUUAGAAGAAGUUGGUUAUGAGUAUACUGGUGAUUUAACUUCAAGAUCAUUCUUUCAACCCUUACCCAAAAUUCACCAGUACAUCUCACAUGGUGGGUAUGAUAUAAGUGAUAGGUGCUUUGUCAUGCAUGAUCUCAUUCAUGACUUAGCAACUCAUGUUGCCGGAGACUUCUACUUUAGAUUAAGGGAGAAUAGAAACGAAAUUGGCACCAUGACGCGCCAUUUGUCAUGCAACUUUCAAAAUUGUCCAGGCUCAGAUCAUGAGGUUUUCCAAAAAUUAAAAGGCUUACGAACAUUUAUAGGAUUUAAUUCCUAUAUUCCUGGGCCUUUUGAAAAUGCUUCUCAUAUUCUAUCAUCAAACCUGAAGUACCUGCGGACGUUGUCACUUAGCCAACUGCAUGCUUUAAAGAUAGUUCCUGAGUCAAUUGGAAAAUUUGUCCAUUUACGCUAUUUGGAUCUAUCUGGCACAGGCAUUGCAAGUUUGCCUGAUUCAAUCUGUAAAUUGUAUAAUUUACAGACAUUGAAGUUGUGUUGUUGUACAUCUCUCCUGAUUCUACCAAGUGACAUGCAAGAUCUUGUAAAUCUGCUCUGUUUGGAUCUUUCGUCAUCAAGUAUUGCAAGUUUGCCUGACUCAUUGUGCAAAUUAUCCAAGCUGCAAACAUUGAGGUUGAAAUGUUGUCAGUCUCUGGAGAUGCUACCUAAUGAUAUGCAAGAACUUAAAAAGUUGCGACAUCUCGAUAUUAGAGACACUAAAUUGAAGGAAAUGCCGAGGGGGUUGGGUAAAUUAAAAGAUUUGCAAUUUUUAAGUGACUUCAUUGUUGGCAAAGAGCAUGAGACGGGAAUUACGGAAUUGGGAGGAAUUUCAAAAUUGAAGGGUUGGAUUGUAGUUAGUAAGUUAGAGAAUGUCAAGAACGAAGAUGAAGCUAAUGGUGCAAGAAUGAUGGAGAAGGAGCAAAUUGAAACUUUAACAUUAUCAUGGUCGGAUUUUGGUGCUGUGGAAGAUUCAAGCAGUGAGAGAAAAAUUUUGGCCAAACUUCAACCUCAUCGGGAUUUAAAGCAAUUGGAAGUUAAAUAUUACAGGGGCACAAUAUUUCCAAAUUGGUUGGGAAGUCCUUCCUACCAUAACAUGAACUCGUUGCGACUAGAGAAUUGCAAAAAUUGUUGCAUGCUUCCCCCUUUUGGACAGCUCCUUGCUUUGAAGGAAUUAUAUAUUAUUGGAUUAGAACGUGUAGAAAGCAUUGGUGAGGAGUUUUUGAAGGCUGAUGAUUGUUCUUCCAUGAUACCAUUUCCAUCCCUUGAAUAUCUUUACUUUUCACGCAUGGCAUCCUGGGAACAAUGGCUCUCCACUGACAUGGAAGCUUUCCCUAAGCUUCGAGAACUCAGAAUAACUUCCUGCCGGAAGUUAGUUGGAAGUCUACCUUCCCAGUUGCUUUCUUUAGAAACUUUAGAUAUUAGACUUUGUUCAUUGUUUUCUUCUCCUAUUCCGAGGUGUCCCAAACUUCAGAAGUUUGACACAUUUGGAAGUGAAAAUGUGGCAUGGCAAGAGCCAGAGUUACCUCAUGAACUUUCCGCUCUAGAUAUUUCAGGAUGCCGGAUGUUGGAAUCAGUGUUGGAGGCACUCGCUAAACAUUCCCAUCUGCAAGGAUUAACUAUCUGUGACAGCCCCAAUAUUUCAACUUUAAUGAUUCAUUUGCCCCAGUCAUUGCAAGAAUUAUGUAUGUUCGGUUGUGAAAAUGUUGAUUUUGUGAUGAGUUCAAUCGCUCCUCUCCAAGCCCUCCAGUCUAUUUGUAUUGGGAGAUGUAGUUUUGUGAAGUUUAUGUCGGACGACAUGGAAAGUGUCCUCCCAAAUUUAAGAGAGCUAAGCAUAUUGUAUGUUGACAAGAUGGAAAAAUUUCCAGAAGGGGUGCUUGUGCCAAGUUUGAGAGAACUUCAUAUUGAUGGGUGUAACAUGGAGUUCAUAAUAGGUGUGUUUUCUUCCCACCAGUCUCACCACUUUGGAUCUCAGUUUCUUUUCGAACUUGGAGACAUUGAAUUGCACGGCACUUCAGCACCUAACCUCUCUCCAAAAACUAGAUAUCGCAUUUUGUGA